GCGUCUUGUGAUGACUGCAGCGAUUUGCAGCGCUUAGAUACAGUCGAAGAGGGAUCGACUUCCAGCUAUCUGGCAGAGUGCGCCACCUUCAAUUUGUGUCGUUGAUCAUGUCAGAGGCUGUGGAAACCACUACUGCUAACGCACCCUUCGAUAAUCCUGACUGUGACAUCAUCCUCCGUUCGACUGAUAAUGUUGACUUUCAUGUUUUCAAGCUCAUUCUUUCGCUCGCGUCAUCCGUAUUCAAAGACAUGUUCACGCUACCUCAAAACGGUUUGCAGUCGGACGUAUCGUCAGUGCCUAUCAUUCCUGUGUCUGAGGGCAGCACGACCCUCCAACUCCUUCUUCUACUCUGCUAUCCUACCGCAGCCCCAACCUUCGACAACUUGGAUGAUGCCAAGGCUGUGAUAGAAGCAGCCAGGAAGUAUGACAUGCAGGCGAUCCUUAACCGUGCAGGAGACCUCAUCAUUGCCAAAUUCCUGCCAGAUCACUCUCUCGAGCUAUACGGUCUGUCUUGUCGAUUCGGAUGGGAGCAUCAUGCUCAGACCGCCGCUACCCAGUCCCUUAAGAUCAAAGAUCUAGGACGACCC